GCAAGCAACAAAAUAGACAAAACUAUAUAUGAAGGCCAAUCUUCCAUGCACCUCACAUACAAAGAAAAUCUCUCUUCCAUGGAGUCCAUGAAGCUCUCCCUUCUUCUUCUCUCUCUUUGCCUCGUUGCAUGCUCGGCGGUGACUAAAGAUUUCUCCAUCGUUGGCUACUCGGAAGAGGACCUGACAUCGCAAGGGAGGCUGAUCGAUCUCUUCGAAACCUGGAUGGCUAAACACAGUAAGUCCUAUGCAGACCUCGAAGAGAAACUGAGGAGGUUUGAGAUCUUCAAAGACAAUCUGAAGCACAUCGAUGAGACAAACAAGGAGAAGAGCAGCUACUGGCUGGGGCUGAAUGAGUUUGCAGACAUGAGCCAUGAGGAGUUUAAGGAGAAGUAUCUUGGACUGAAGCCUCACUUGCCAAGUGGAAGGGAUGCCGCAUCCAAGUCCUCAAAGCCGUUCGUGUAUGAGAAUCUCAUGCUCUUGCCCAAGUCGGUGGAUUGGAGAAAGAAGGGAGCAGUGACCCAAGUGAAGAACCAAGGGGCUUGUGGGAGUUGCUGGGCUUUCUCGACGGUGGCGGCAGUGGAGGGCAUAAACCAGAUUGUGACGGGGAACUUGACGUCGCUUUCUGAGCAGGAGCUGAUCGACUGCGACAAAAUAUUCAACAACGGGUGCAAUGGGGGGUUGAUGGACUACGCCUUUGCGUUCGUCGUUGCUAAUGGACUCCACACUGAGGAAGACUAUCCUUACCUCAUGGAGGAGGGCAUCUGUGAGGAAAAGAGGGUUGAUCAGAGAGUCGCAACCAUCAGCGGCUAUCAGGAUGUGCCGGUGAACAGCGAACAGAGCCUGCUCAAAGCAUUGGCCCAUCAGCCUGUUAGUGUUGCCAUAGAAGCCUCUGGCAGGGACUUCCAGUUCUACAGAGGGGGGGUUUUUGAUGGACCUUGUGGUACAGAGCUGGAUCACGGAGUGACGGCUGUUGGCUAUGGAUCGUCCACGGGCCAAGACUACAUCAUCGUGAAGAACUCAUGGGGACCGAAAUGGGGAGAGAAAGGGUACAUCAGGAUGAAGAGGAACGUAGGGAAACCUGAAGGGCUAUGUGGUAUAAACAAGAUGGCUUCUUAUCCUACAAAAAAUAAAUGAGAAGCUGAAGUUUACUCUCAAGGAUGAUUCUCCAUAACCCUAUCGAGAUUAUUAAAUCUUAUCUACAUUCCACUUGCUCUCAGAUGUAAUCUUAGAAUUUAUGGGAUGAAUUUUAUUGCACCAGCAGACCAUGAAUUUCGAUUGGAUGUAAAGCACCUAUUAUCGCAUAGCAUGACCUGUAAGUUCAAAAAAUAUGACAUCAUUAAGUAUCAUGAAUAAGAAAUGAGCAGCCGAGGGCAUUGGCAGGGAUAA